UCCAGUCACAGGGAGAUGAAGUUUGUUCGGACGACAAGGAGUCGCACGAUGAGUCCUGCGCGUCAAUGACACAAGCCACCCACGGAUCAUCGACAAACCCCGAUGAUUGUACCGCUAAUGGAGACUCGAAUAACAAUAUUCGUAAGACAAAUAACGAUUAUACAAUGGUUCCAUCGCAUAUUCGUUAAGCUGCAGAGAAAGCGAGAUCAACUCUACUACCAACAAAAUCUCGUCCAUCGUACAUGUUUGCUUACAGCAAUUUUAAGACUUGGAUGGUUGAGAACAAACUUGAUCUCAAUAACAUCGAUCAAGACAUUAUGCUGGCUUAUUUCGACGAACUCAAGGGGAAAUAUAAGCCCACUUGCUUAUGGGCUACAUACUCAAAAUUGAGAAGUACUAUCAGUGCUCAGCAUAACGUGAAUAUUCACAAUUUUUUACAAUUAAUUCAAUUUUUAAAAAUUGCGAAGAAAGGUUAUCGAAGUGUCCAAGCGCUGGCUCUGACAGAGGAACAGGUUAAGAAAUUUCUGCUAACUGCUCCUGAUGAAAUCUAUUUAGAUACAAAGGUAGUUUGGAUUCUCGAAAUGUACGGUGCUUGUCGUAGGUGCGAGCUGAAAAAUUUGAAAAUAACUGAUUUUAAGGAGAAAGGUGACGACUUGGAGUUCUUCCUUGACGAGACAAAGACCGACAAUCCGAGGUCAUUUGUAGUUCCUCAGCCACUUUGCACAAAAGUCAAGAAUUACAUAGCUUUACGUCCCGAUAAUUGUACGCUCCACGACUUCUUUCUGUAUUACAACAAAGGAAAAUGCACUCGACAACCUAUCGGAAUAAAUAAAAUUGGUAACAUGGCCAAGGAAGCUGCAAUUUUCUUAAAUUUACCGAAUGUAAACCGUUACACCUCACACUGUAUACGCCACACCUCUGCAACAUGUUUGGCAAAUACUGGAGCGAGUGACGUGGCUUUGAAGCAGCUUGGAGGCUGGAAGUCCACCGAAAUUGCUCACAACUAUUGCCAAAAUUCUCUACACAACAAACGAACAAUUGCUGGACGUAUCACAAAGAGUAUUCUUGAAGCUCCAAGUACGUCUACAUCAACAGCUCACAAUGUGCCUAACCGUGUGCCCUCAUUCGAAUCUUCAAAACUUCACGCUCUAAAAAAUCAAGUUUCAACUACUUCACCUGUCGCUUAGCAUUCUAACCAAUCAUCAUCCUCUGCUCGACCACUUCCAAAUGCCAAAGGAACUAAUCCAGACAAAUCAUCGACAUCUACGAAUCUCAGGAUCGAAAAUAAAGAAAACUUGACUCUUUCACAUUUGUUGCAGAAUAUCAAUUCUCCCACAAAUAUUAACUUUAACUUCACAAACUGUCCAAAUCUAUCAAUCUAUGUAGGAAAAAAUGAAAAUCAAAGGGAGUAACAAUAGUAAGGGAUAUAGGAGGGGAAACAAUAAGGGAUUAUAUAAUA